UCUCAUCAACAAACAAUUGAAAACCAUGUAGUCGCUUUGUUUGGAUUUUAAACAGAUAUAUCAGACAAUAUGUCUGUUUAUUUCUUCAUUAUAGGGUUACUUGUUACCCUUUCUGGUCACUUUUCUGAAGGAAAUUCACGAACUGAAGAGAAAUACAAUUUCCUAGGAGAAGCUGUGAAUCAUCUAGUACGUCGACAUUAUCCUGAAAUAUUUAGAGAAGAAGUAAAAACUCCAGAGAAAAAAGAUGUUGAUGCUGUAAUAUCAGAAGACCAAGCUAUUGACAAAGAAGUUUUAUUGGACACAAAAAAUACAGCUUCCGAAACACCUGACAAUACACCCGCAUUGUCCAAGGAUGUCAAGGAAAAUGAAAAACCUGUGUCUGAAGAGUCAAAACCCUCUGAACAACCCACACCUGAGGCUUCAGCACUCGUCCACAACAAGGAAGAGGAGAAGAGUAGUAUUAUUGGCAUUCCCCGCACAGAUUUCUUAUUUAUAACAAUAACAACAGGAUGCAGUUUAGCUGCUUUUAUAGGACUGAUCGUAGCUGGGGUUUGCUGGUACAAACUCCACAAAAAUGUGAAGGCAGCCAGUGAGGUGGAGUAUCCAGCUUAUGGAGUAACUGGACCCUCCAAGGAAAGGAUGCCCCCACCCCCUGGGGACCGCAAGCUAGCACAGAGUGCACAGAUGUAUCACUAUCAGCAUCAGAAGCAACAGAUGAUUGCCAUGGAGAAAGCUAAUGGUGAGAUGAAACAUGAUGCAUCUGAAGAUGAAUCAGAGGAGGAAAAUGAGGAGGGUGAUUACACUGUAUAUGAAUGUCCUGGUCUGGCACCGACCGGGGAAAUGGAAGUCAGAAAUCCAUUAUUCAGUGAGGAGACACCUGGAGCCCCUGGACCAGAACAUCCUAAGGAACCCCAGUGAGGGCAUAGUUAUCUCCCUUAGCUCUGGCUAAUGGGUACAAAUCAUAUGUAGUUGUGGUGGGAUAUUUUUUGUUGUUCUUAGAUAAGUGCUCUGUGAUUAAGAUAUUUAUUGGUUAGUAAUUAUUUUAUCCCUGUGAUUUGAUCUGUGGAAUGCAUGCUGUGUAAUUAGGAUAAAACCUGUUUUCAAAAGGGGCAAAUUUUCAAGUAAAAUUGAAUAACAUUUCAUAUAAUUCUGUCAAGACAAUGUAACAUUCACAUGGUUCUUAUUCAGUUCAUUAUAAAUUGGGAAAUUACUGUAAUGAUAAGUCUGUAUCAUGAAACAACAGAAUAUUAUUUUCUAUCCUAUUUGGAGCUUUUGUUUACCAUUUAGACAGUAUUGACUUGUACCUUAAAACUACCUGAGAACAUACGAUUGUCAAAAUGUUUUCACUAUUUAUUUUAUGCUUUAUAGUGUACAAUUUCACAGUAUACUCAUUUUAACUCUUCAAAAUAGUUCAGAUUUGACCUACUUUCCAAGUUCUCCUACUUUGAAGAGUAUAAAUAGUAUACAAUGUACAUAUAAUUGCACAAAAAAUUUCCUACUUGCCAUUUUAUUCACAUCUUGUGAUUAUUUCACUGCAUUUGCAUAAUUCCAAAGAAAAGUUACUUCAGAGUCUUGGUGUCUAAUAUGUGGACAGUUGUCACGCCUGUUUUGCUAACCAGGUAAUUGGGUUGAGAUAAGCAUAUUUCAAAUGGUCACAAAAAACACUCCCCAAUUAAAUGACUGUAAUUGAAGCUAUUUUAUUGAUGUGUUUGAUACACAUUUCUGUUAGAAAUCCUGAACAUUUUGUCAAAUUUUCCCUCACCAGAUUGUGUGUUAGCCUUAAUAUCUAGAUCUAUGAUAAAGAUUUCAAUGUUAGUGUAGAUCUGAGGUUUACUGGGCUGUGUAUCACUACUGCUGUGAUUGCUUCAUCAUCGAGAUAGUGUUGAUAGGGACUAUCCAGGCAUUUGCUAGGUUUAAUGUUGAUAGGGACUAUAAAGGCAUUUGCUAGGUUUAGUGUUGACAGGGACUAUCCAGGCAUUUGCUAGGUGUUUUAGAUCGGUUAUUUCAGGUGUUAAUAUUUUUUUUUUUUGUUAGAAUAGUAUUAUACAUGCUAUAGAUUUGUUUCUGCUCGCAUUCCAAAGAAAACACCAUACCGGUACAUAUGUAACUAUUGAUGGUUUAUGUAAUAUUGUAAGGGAGAGGAGAUAUGCACUAGUUGACAUGACACUUUGUAAUGUAAUUUCAACAUCAGCUACGGUUUAAUCUUUAAAUUAGAAUUAGAAACUUUUCUCAGUUAUUUGAAAUCCCUAACUAUUUAUUGAUCUCACAUUUUUACAUGUUUCUUUUUCAUUUAAUAUUCUUCAAUCUCUUCGUAUAUGAAUUUAUAUUUCAUUCAGAUUUACCUACUAACAUGCUUUGAUUACAGAAACAAUCCAUUGAGACCAGUAUCAUUAAUGUUAUGUUUAAAUCUACAAAACAUCCAUCAGCAAAUGGUAUCAUUAUGCUGACGAAAAAAAAUUAUGAAAUAUCACUUAGAGGCAGUUAUGUGACAUGAUACCUGUGAGUAAUUUCAAACUAGACAAUAGCCUAUAGUGUGUAGACAAUUUAAGUGAAGCAGACAGGAAGUGUUUUUGUCAAGUCAGCAAAAUUCUGUAUUAAUGCAUAUCUUCUGUAUUAUCUUUGUUAAGUUUUAACAAGUAUAUGUUUGUAUAUAUCUUAAGUUUAUUCUGUAAUUAUGGAGUGUGGCCUUAAGAUGCAGGUGUAGGUCCAUACAGAUGUAUUGGGCAUGCAAGCUUUAUGGUUAUAAAAGGAUGUGUUGGUGAUUGACAGGUAUGACAAAGUCAUUGUAUUGGUUAACACAUUCUCCUUACUGUGUUGAGUUCUGUUAUUGGUUGUGAAUUUACUCUCUUCAAGACAGACAGCAAAUUUAUUUGCUGAAGAUAGAUAUAGAAGCUGGUUAUAUUCUGUAUACAUGCAGGUUGUUAUGGAACGGGAAUCAUACUGCAUAUGAAUCAAUUGCGACGUUUUGGAUGAGGCCAGGAAGACUUGGUGAGGGUUUUGUAACAGUACAGUGAUAGCAUUCUCUAUUGUCUAUGUGAUUUUGUUUUUUGUUUGUAAACAGAACUAUGUCUGGCUAUAGUAGUAAAAGAAGUUUUCAUCACAUUUGACCUCUAAAGCAAAAUAUGUUAACAUUUCUUGUGUCUACAAAUUGAAGUAUUAAUUAGUAUUUGCAUCAAAGAUAUGUAUUUUGGUAUAUUGAAAUGUAAGUAUUAUUAAGAGAUGUACCCUAAUCGGCUGGUUCUGCUCGGCAGUGGUCUAUUACCGUAAAUUUGCGCGUAUAGUGCACACUUUUUUAGGCAAAAACUGUCGUGUCAAAAAGGGUGUGCAUACUAUACGCAGGAACAUGCCAUGUAAUAAGUGCUGUAUAGUGUGGGCUAAGGUUAGUGUUAACUUUCCAUCAAUUCCUACAUUCCUCAUGUUGUUUUCAUUUAAGGUGAAUUUUCCUUCUUUUGAGAUUUAUAUAAUUAUUCUCAACUUAAAUUCAUUCAGAAGUAUUGUUCAUUUUUUAAACAGGAAAGUGUUCUUUACGAAGGGUAAUUUAGUAGUUUUUUGUUAUGUGUUGAGACUGGAGAUGACUUUAUCAUUAUUACUUCUUAUUUAAGAGACAGAUUUUGUCUAUAUUCGCUUCAACAGUAAAACAGGAAAUAUUACAAAAAAUGAUAUAUGAUAAUUAUGUCAUACUAAAAAUACUAUAAAGUUAUAGAUUUAAUUUUCAAUUUUUAUUUAUUUCCUUAAAUAAUAUAUAAAUUUUCAAAUUUGCUUUCAUUUCUUUAAAUUUCUUUACACAUAAGUAACGGAAAUCAAUUCCCAAUAAAGAUAUAGUAUUUUUCAAUGUUUUUCUUCGAAAUGUGCAAUAACCCUUAACAGUGUUCUUGCUGAAACAACACGAGAUCUUAAAAGGAAUUUGUUCAACUAUCUAACAAAUAAUUGUCAUAUCUAUCAUAAAUUUUGUAUGCAAGUAAGUUGCAACUACAAAAAAAAAAUCACAUUUACUUUGGAGAAGAUUUUAAAUUUUAAUUUUGCACACACGAAAAUAGUGCUUACACUAAUUUUAACUAUGAUACAUUUUAAUAAUCAACUCUGAAAUUUACAUCCAAGAAUUAAAUCUGUUGAAUCAUAACAUCAUUUAGAAAAUUCAACUAUUUACAACUUUUUGUUGUAACAUGCAUGUUGUUUAGGUCUAGUAUUGUUAUCAGUAGUAAAGUCUUAUUUCAUAUGUAAACACACUAAUUUCUUAUUUAUGACAUCAAAGAAUAAUAUUGGUAUUUGUUUACUUAUUUUUUUUUUUUUUUUUUUGCUUUUUCUCCACACAUUUUCAUAUAGGUUUAUAAGUAUAUGUAUUAAACAAAUUUUGAGAGUUGUAUUUUUCUUUCCUGUUUUUUCUUUUUAUUGUGACUUUUUCAAUCGUGAUUGAUGAUAGAUUUACAGAAACUGACUGACAAUUGGAAUAUGAUCUAAGAUUUGUCUUCUAUUUUAGCUAACACUUACUUAAUUGUUUUAUUUGUGAAUUCCGGACAUAUAAUAAACUACUGUAUAAUUUUACAUAUGAAAUAAAACUUGAA